AUGACCUUUCCUACACUCUCCCCGUUCUCCCUCUCCCUCGCCCCCCCCACCCCCCAGCUUGGAGACACGGGGACCCUGGGAGGAACACUCGAAGCAAGUGUACCUUCGAGGCCAGAGGAGAAUCUGCCGUGGCCUCCAGGAGGAGCGUCCCCACACUGGCCUCCCGGAGGGGCCUGCAAGUUGUACCAGGAUGCUGCUGUCGGAAAUGCAGCCAGGCCGUCACUGCAGAGCCACAGAGUGUCUACUCUUAUCCGGGAAUUGACUGCUGUGGUUCAGAAGAGGUUUGGUUUUCCUGAGGGCAGUGUAGAGCUCUAUGCGGAAAAGGUGGCCACAAGAGGUCUAUGUGCUAUUGCCCAGGCAGAGUCACUGCGUUACAAACUCCUAGGAGGCCUUGCUCUGCGGAGGGCCUGCUAUGGUGUGCUGCGGUUCAUCAUGGAGAGUGGGGCCAAAGGCUGUGAGGUCGUGGUGUCUGGGAAACUCCGAGGACAGAGGGCUAAAUCCAUGAAGUUUGUGGAUGGCCUGAUGAUUCACAGUGGAGACCUUGUUAACUACUACGUUGACACAGCUGUGCGCCAUGUGCUGCUCAGACAGGGUGUGCUGGGCAUCAAAGUCAAGAUCAUGCUUCCCUGGGACCCUAGUGGUAAGAUUGGCCCUAAGAAGCCCCUGUCGGAUCACGUGAGCAUUGUGGAACCCAAGGAUGAGAUACUGCCCACCACCCCCAUCUCAGAACAGAAGGGUGGGAAGCCAGAGCCUCCUGCUAUGCCGCAGCCAGUACCCACAGCAUAAAUAGGGUCUCCUUGGCAGUUGGAUCUGGAGGCUGGAUUUUACUCUGUGAAGACCUUUAAUAAAAUAUUUGACUAAAAAAAAAAAAAAAAA